UUAUCAAGUAUACGCAGUGCUGCAUCUCAUAGACGUGCAAUGAAAUUAUUUGAAGAAGCUGAAAAACGUAGACAAAGUGAAAAUUUUAGUAGUUGUAGUAGUAGCAAUAUGCAAAUCUUGUCCACUUCAUCAACACCUGUAUCAUCUGUAAGAAGUAAAAAAGUGCAUAGUUCAGAAUUGGCGAAUAAUACUAACAACAACAACAGAUUGAUGAAUUCUGAUAUACAUCCUCAGGUCAAUUCAACUUCAUCAUCAUCCGGUCCUGUGUUAACACCAGCUGUUGUUCCUGUCAUGUCAGCACAACGUUUGAUUCCUGGGAAAAUUUCAGCUAAAAG